AUGGGGGAGGGACGGGCUUCUUCUGAGAUGAGAGAAUGGCUGGGAGCACUCCCUCUUCCCUUAGAAUCUUCCAUUCUCUCCUUCUUCACGUGGAACCCAGGGCAGCAGGAUGUGACGCAGAGUGAACAUGAGACCCCUGGGGAACUCCUCAAUCUCCUGCUGCUCUGGCUCCCAGGUGCCAGGUGUGACCUUCAGAUGGCCCAGUGUCCUUCCUCCCUGUCUGCAUCUCUAGGAGACAGAGUCUCCAUCACUUGCCAGGCCAGUCAGAGUGUUAGCUACUACUUAGCCUAG